AUGGCCGCCUUAUCAUAUCAUCAACGAUUUAUUAACAAAUUUCGAUCACUACUUUCAAUUAUUCUAACAUCCUAUGAUCCUUUUGGUGAUAAACUUAUAGAAAAUUUUCGUUUAAAUCCAUAUUAUCCUUUUACAUAUACACAAUCAUAUACAUUUGAAUAUAAAUAUCGUUGUUGGUCAACAAUCUAUUUCUUAAUUAUUAUGCAAAUAAUAAUCUUUAUAUUAACAUUAUAUACUUAUUAUCAGUUGAAUAUAAAUGAAUAUUGGAUAUCAGGUUCCGAAUUUCUUUUAUUAUUUAUAUUUGGAUUCUUAACGAUAUUUCUAUGUUUAAAUCUGAUUGAAAAUUUUCAACAACGACGUAUUGUUUUAUCUCCAUUAGAUUUUCAUGUGUCAAUCUAUAGAAAUAAUAUUUUAAAACAACAAUGUUCAAUUGAUCGUGCUUAUAUAUGUUUACAUAAAAUAGAAUCAUAUAAUAUACUUCUUUAUCAUCUUGUAUUUGUUAUUGAAGAUAUUGAUUUUAUUAAAAUAACUGAUUAUUUUUAUUAUAAAUUUCAAUUAAGACAAAUUGGCAAACAUUUAGCAAAAAAUUUAUUUCUUAGUUAUAUUGAAAGUCAAUAUUGGAUAGGAAUAUUUCCUAAAUAUAAAAAAUUAAAAAAUUUUAUUUAUCAAAAUCAUCAUACUGUUUAA